AUGAGAGAGCAAGAGGAGGAUUUCGUGGACGUGCUGCUGGCGCUACAGGAGCAAGGGGGACAUGACGGGUUCGAGCUUAGCAGGGAAAUCGUCAAGUCGCUCAUGGGGGACAUGUUUGCGGCGGGUACCGACACGAUCUACAUCGCGCUGGAGUGGGCAAUGUCGGAGCUGAUGAAGAACCCCACGACGAUGAGGAAGCUGGAGCACGAGGUCCGCAGCCGCAACGCCGGCGGCAUUGCCAAAGCGGACAUGCUCGGCGCCGCGACAACACCGUACCUGAAGGCGGUCGUGAAGGAGACGCUCCGCCUCCAGGACACGCUGGUGUUCUUUCUCCCCGAGAGGUUGACAUCCAAGAUAAGCUUGAUCAUUGAAUUCAUCUAUGUCGCUGCGAUGGUAAUCAUCCGUUCCCAAAUGUUCAGGUUCUUGGAGAGCGAGGUGGACUUCAGGGGCGGACACUUCCAGUUCAUACCCUUCGGCGCUGGGCGAAGGAUCUGCCCAGGGAUGCAAUGGGAGCUGCCGGAUGGCAUGGCACCCGGGGAGCUCGACAUGUCAGACACACCAGGUCUGACGAUGCCAAGGCGGGUGGGACUUCGGCUAAUUGCCAGGCCGUACCAGUGGGAGAAACAAGAGUAG